CCGUCGCAGCGUCGCUGGACUGGUGUUCUCCAUCCUUCCAACCCGAGAUAAAAGACGACACUUGACAUGAAGAAGUGAUAGCCUGCUCAGAGAUCUUUCGCUUUCCUUACCCAGUUAGCGUUCCUGCUUGAUACACUACGACUGCAGAUUCUUUGGCAGACCGCUACCAAGUGCAAGUGUGCAACGCACACACAUCACUCACAGUCUCACGGUGUCUCUGUGCGCGCGCGUGGGACACAGGAGGGAGAGAGACACAGAGAGGGGGGACGAUCAGCUCUAGCUCAGCUGGUAUCGUCUAAACUGCAUAAAAGGGGAGGAAAAAAAGUUGCAAUGAUGCAUCCCGGCGCAUAGAUAGAGAGAGAGAAGAGAGAGCCCCGACUCGAGAGCCAAGAACGCCGUGUGCUGUGUUUGUGUGCAUCUAUCUCCGUACACGCACGCACGCACGCACCAGCUAGCACGACCGCCAUGGCCGCCACCAGGAGAGCAUUCUUCCACAGCGCCGUCGACGGCAUUGCGCGCGCCGGGCCGGGGGAGGCCGAGCUGCUGCCGGCGCCGCCGCAGGUCGGGCGACCGGUGGAAGGCGCCAGCAGCAUGGUCUUCGGCUUCCCCGUGCCGCGGCCCACGAUGCCGGACAGCCGGCCGGCCGCCGUCACCCAGCAGUUCUUUCCGCCCACUACUACGGCGGCGCAGCAGGCGACGAUGGAGGAGCAAUGCCACGUGCCCGCCGGUAGCGCGGCGGAGCAGUGGGUCCGGUCGUCGGCGUCCAGGAAGAGCCGCCGCGGCCCGCGGUCACGGAGCUCGCAGUACCGUGGCGUCACCUUCUACCGCCGCACCGGCCGCUGGGAGUCCCACAUCUGGGACUGUGGGAAACAGGUGUACUUGGGUGGAUUCGACACGGCGCAGGCCGCUGCGAGGGCCUACGACCAAGCCGCGAUCAAGUUCCGCGGCCUGAACGCGGACAUCAACUUCACCCUGGACGACUACAAGGACGAGAUGAAGAAGAUGAAGGACUUGAGCAAGGAGGAGUUCGUGCUGGUGCUCCGGCGGCAGGGCGCCGGCUUCGUCAGGGGCAGCUCCAGGUUCCGGGGAGUCACCCAGCACAAGUGCGGCAAGUGGGAGGCCAGGAUCGGCCAGCUCAUGGGCAAGAAGUAUGUGUACCUGGGCCUGUAUGACACAGAGACGGAGGCUGCCCAGGCAUAUGACAAGGCUGCCAUCAAGUGCUACGGCAAGGAGGCGGUGACCAACUUCGAUGCCCAGAGCUACGACAAGGAGCUCCAGUCGCAGCUGCAUGCAGCCUGGGACGGCGAGCUGGAUCUCGAGCUCGGUCUGGGCUGCGCCAGCAGCGAUCCGUCCACGGUCGCCGUCGAGGCGUUCAGCCCCGCGACGAGCAGCAGUAGCCGCAAGCAGAGGACGAUGACGCUGACGCUCGGUCUGCCGGAGGAGGAGGAGGAGACGGGCGCCGGCUACCCUCACAGCAGCAGCAGCAGGCGUCCCCCGGCGCCUGCUGCCGGCAUGUUCGGGCGCCCGGCUGACGACCACGUCCACGUAGCACCGCCGUCACACCGGCAAUGGCAGCAGCAGGGACGGCACGCAGCUCCAGAUGCAGCGGCGCCUGAGCGACGAGCGGCAGAGCCAGCAGAUCGGCAGCGGUGGGGCCGGGGCGCGCGCUGGCCCAUCGCCAGCGGCAGCGGCAUUAACUGGGACUGGGCGCCGCCGUACGCCACCGCCCGCGCCGGCACCGACGACGACGACGCCAGCAGCGCCGCCGCUGCAGCAUCAUCAGGAUUCCCACUGUGGCAGCUGGGUGCGGCGUCGUCCAGGUCCAGCUGGCCCAGCCGCUGAGCCUUUCCUGUCGUCCCGCGCCAGCAACAGUGACGCUGCUGGGCCACGUACUGACGGCGACUGGUGACCUGCUGAAACCGCCGCCGGCCUGUUUCCCUUUUCUAGGUAAAAGCAGUGGCAGAGGGGCGAGCUAGCGACAGCGUGCCUCGUCAUCCAUCGUCCCUGCGCCGUGGCUGGCGGGGUGGGAAAAAGGUCUGAGCAGUUUUGAGCGUCCGGAGGAGCUCGACGAUUUCCUGCCCUCGAAUAGUCACUUGGGGUGGCCACUAGUUAUUAUUUCUUUCCUUCCCCCUCGUUGAUUCUGCUACCCAUUAUAGCUUCUGUAUCUAGCUACAUGCAUGAUGCUGCUCUAGCGCUGUUGGACGUUGAUGGCACGGUGUACGGAUAUGGGACAGGGUUCGUGUGACCCCAUGUCCACUGCUAGGCCUGUUUCCAAAUGGAAUAUUUCUGCAGUACCAUGGCUUAUAGAAAUGCUAGAGUAUUUUAUACCAUUAGGUGCUUGGUUGCU